AAAAUACGUGAAAUUUGCUGCAGUUCAGAGGUUCAGAGGUUGUUUGUUGGAUACAGUAAAAUGUCUUUGGACAUGUGUGAAAGUCACUCCUGAGCCCUCAGCAUUCACACCUUCAACCUGCCCRUUUGUGGCAGCUCUCUGCAGGGCUGGGAUUUGCUCAGAUUAUCAGGACCUGGACUCACAAUGCAGCUUUGUUGUACAAAACAGAUUAUCACAUCAAGUGACCGGAGGUGUAAGAGACCCACUUUCUCUGUGUUUGGUUCCUAUUGAUCUGUCCCCAGAAAGUUUUUUUCCCCGCGUCACACACAUCUCGAACACCAGAUCUGAAAGUCAAGGAUUCUUAUUUUCUGUGAACUGUGACCAGGUUGGCUUUAUGAGUUCCAGGCCAGUCGCUGAAAUUCAGCACAGAGGAAACCCGAAAGACAGAAACACGCUGGUUUGCUUCAUGCUAGGCCACAAACAGCCUGCAGGUCGGCCAAGAAGAAGCUGCGAUGACAGUGACGUACUCCCGCAGAGUGGCUGACGCAGGUUUGGGGACCUUCUUUCACCUUCUUCUGCGAUGGAAGGGCAGCAUCUACAAACUGCUCUACAGAGAGCUCAUCAUCUUCACUCUGCUCUACUACUUCCUCAGUGCUGUCUAUAGACUUGUAUUAAACAGUGACCAAAAAAGGUUAUUUGAGAAGCUGUCGAUAUAUUGCGACCGCUACGCAGAGCUGAUUCCUGUCUCGUUUGUGCUAGGUUUUUAUGUGACCCUGGUUGUGUCUCGUUGGUGGGGCCAGUUUGAGAACAUACCCUGGCCGGACCGUUUGGCGGCAUUGGUAGCAGGUCACGUUCGUGGAACAGACGAGGCUGCAAGGCUGACCAGAAGGACUCUGAUGCGCUAUGUCAACCUCUCUGGUGUGCUCAUCUACCGCUCUGUGAGCACAGCCGUCUACAAGAGGUUUCCUACCAUGGAGCACCUGGUUCAGGCAGGUUUGAUGACCUCAGAGGAGCUAAGGCAUCUGGAGGAUCUUCCCUCCUCUCAUAAUAAAUUCUGGGUGCCCUGCAUGUGGUUUGUCAACCUGGCUCUGAGAGCUCGAUCUGAAGGUCGCAUCAACAACGACGUGGCACUCACAGCCAUUCUUACUGAGUUGAACAGUCUACGAGCAAAGUGUAUGAAACUAUACGGUUAUGACUGGAUCAGCCUGCCGCUCGUCUAUACUCAGGUGAUAACAGUUGCGGUCUACAGCUUCUUCCUGGCUUGUCUGAUUGGUCGUCAGUUCUUGGAUCCAGCUCAGGGGUAUCCUGGUCAUGAUGUUGAUUUCUACCUGCCAGUUUUCACACUGCUGCAGUUCUUCUUCUAUGUUGGUUGGCUAAAGGUGGCUGAGCAACUUAUAAACCCUUUUGGUGAGGAUGACGACGACUUUGAAACCAAUUGGCUUGUUGAUCGCAACUUGCAGGUGUCUUUGCUGUCUGUGGAUGAAAUGUAUGACAGCCUGCCACUGGUUGAGAAGGACAUGUACUGGAAUGAGUCGGAACCAGAGCCUCCCUACACUCCUGCCAGCGCUGAACACCGUAAACCAUCCUUCAUGGGCUCAGCACUUGAUAUCAGCAUUCCCAAAGAGGAGAUGGAGUUCCAGUCCAAUCUGGAGCAGAUCAAAGAACACGAAGAAGCCAACUAUUCCACCCCACUGCUUGGAGGGUUGGGUCGUCUCUUAGGUGUCCAAUCCCCUCACUUUUCUCGCUCGUCCAGGGUCUCUUUGCUGCGGCGGCGCCCUGGAGCCCCAUUAAGCCGCUUUCCUCUUUACUUGCAUUCAGAAGCACCACCAACUCAAAGUCAAACUCGCCAGCCUUUGAGUCAGGAGCAAGAUCCAGACUAUGCYUUCUCUACAAUGCCCUUGUAUGAGAGGCCAGGAUUUUACAGUUGCCCACAAACGCCCAUUCACAGCAUGCCCCCUGCGCUACCUCGCCCUCGAAACCCCCGGCGAACCCAGUGGGAUUGGGAUCGCAGCUGCAGCUCCAUGGCCCCUCAAAUGGUGGGCUCUCAGUUGUUGCCCCCUGAUACACCGAACAACCUUCCACCUCCACCAUCUUCCGCAUUACCCUGGGUGAGUGGGAAUGGCGAGACGCAGAGUGGGCCAGCAUUCUCCUUCCCCGACCCUCCGCCACAACUCUGUCCAAUAUCCAAACUCAGACCAGGACACGGCCUCCUGUCUCGGCGCCCUCCUCACCCCCACCUAACUUUGGAAGCCACCCCUUCAGCUGACAGUCAGCCCGGACCCCUGAGUGCUCAGGCUAACGGAAGCGGAGGUGAAAGAGUGUUCUCAUUUACUUCCCCCUCUCACACGGUGGUACCAAACCUCAGUAAUCCCAACAGCAGCUCCAGCAGCAUUAAUGCAACAAGCACCAACAGUGCUUGCACAACAGGAAGUCUCUGUAAUGGAAUAAACCACAGUAAUUUCAGUAACCAUGGGAACUUUAGCUCAAAUACAAGAUCGAGCAAUGGGGGAACAAAUGGUGGGCUGAGCASCAACACAAACACAAUUUCCACUACGUCACAGAUGCAGCAAGAAACCAAUCAGGAGAAUUCAUCCAAUGAUUCAGGGAUCUCAAUGGUUGAAGGGAACCUGCUGGAUGUUCUGGUGGAUGGUGGGGUGAAGAACUCUGCAGAAAGACAGCAGGACUGAGAAAAAAGGGUCUGACUGUAGAAGAUGUAUUUGAAGAGGGUCCGUCCAGCUUCUGCUUGUGGCCCGUUGGCUUGAAAAAUUACAUUUAAAGACUUGAAUUUGACACUUUGAGAUAUGUAUUCAUCUUUUCUUUCUUUUGGAGCAAGAAGUGACAAUUUUUGGACAAAAAAGUAGAUCUAGAGUACCUUUUUUAACUUGUCUGCAGAAAAACUAAUUUCAGAUUUAAUAUCUAGUUAUGAAAUUAUUUUUCAAAUAGUCACCUGUAAACUAAUCAGUGACAUAAUUAUAUAAAAUAACUCACAAAUGACACGUGAUUUUGCAAUAUCUUCACCCAGAUAAUCUGUUGGAACAAGUCUUUCCACCUGGAAUUAAACGUCAAUAAUUUCAACUUUUCCGUUAAUCUUUUUCAGGAUGAACUCUCACUGAACUGACCUACUUCUUGAGCAAAAUCCACUCCAUGAGCUUUAAUUGGCAUUAUAUGAAAAGAUUUUAAGUUUCCUCUUAAAGUGAAUGACAAGAAAACAAACCGGAUCUCACUCUUCAUUUUUAAAUUUGUGCAUUAUUGAAUUAAUAUUAAAUGGCACAUUGUGCAUCAUUUGUCAUUGCUUUUCUAAUAAAACACUGAAAAACAUGUG